GGGGGUGGUUCGGCAUGUGCGUCGACGGAUUGGUGGGUGUGUGGCAGACGUGGGAUCUUGGUGUGUGGUGUGUGUCACUGUUCGGUUCAACCUGCAGACUGCAGCGAUGGGCGGGUGAGGUGAUGCGCCGAUGACUACGACGGAGGUAUGGUUCCCUUCGUAAGCUCCCUGUGUUUACGUACUACGACUUGGUUGCGACAUUGGCGAGGCCGAGGAAGAGGUCAAGGCAUUGGUAUUGGCAUGGCUAAGUCGGAUGAUGAGCUUUAGAAAGGGGGUAUAAAAUAGCCUCUUGCUCCCGGUGUCACGAGCUGGACGUCUUGCUUCUUGAAGACUUUCAUCCUUUUGUCUUAUUCUUAGCCAUUGAAGAAAGGAAAAAGUCAAUUGUAGACCCAAUUGACUCGAUUUCCAUUCUCUGCUGCGAGCUAUCCUCUUGGCACAUCGCAUCCCCCCCAGUCCCGUCGCAUCGAUCCCCAUCACCACGAAAUCUUGGCCCAGCAUGCAUUUCACCCAACCCACGGCAGCCAAGCUGUUGCUUCUCUGGGCGUCAGCCAGCGAGCUGUGCUCGGCGGCACCGCACUUUGACAGCCCCCGUGAACGCCUUCUCCGGGGCAUGGACAUCCCCGCGAGCUACAAGAAGAAGAGCACCAGCAACCCGUACGUCCCGGGCUUCAGGGAUCCCAAUGACGGCGCCGUCGACUCGGUCGGCGACGGCCUCGACCCGCUUCCCUACCGCAACGGCCUCGGCGCCUCAGUGCUGGGGCCCUGGAACAGCGAACGCUCGCGCCAGAACCCGGAUAUGGUGCGGCCGCCUUCGACGGACAAGGGCAACAUGCCCAACAUGCGCUGGAGUUUUGCGGAUUCUCAUAUUCGUAUUGAGGAAGGCGGAUGGACCCGACAGACGACUGUCCGCGAGUUGUCCACCAGCGUCGAGCUCGCUGGCGUGAACAUGCGUCUUGGGGAGGGCGUCAUCCGAGAGCUUCACUGGCACAAGGAGGCCGAAUGGGCGUAUGUCGUGGACGGCGAGGUCCGCGUUACGGCACUGGACUACGAGGGCGGCAACUUCAUCGACGACCUCAAGAAGGGCGACCUCUGGUAUUUCCCGUCAGGCGUCCCUCACUCCCUGCAAGGACUGAGUCCCAAUGGCACCGAGUUCCUCCUCAUCUUCGACGAUGGCCGUUUCUCCGAGGAAUCAACCUUUAUCCUGUCCGACUGGCUCGCGCACACGCCCAAGUCAGUCAUUGCCGAAAACUUCCACCUCGAGCCCGAAGUGUUCAAACACCUCCCCGAGGGCGAGAAAUACAUCUUCCAGGGCACGCUUCCGGGCCCGAUUGACGAGGAACGGCCCAAGGGCAAGCACGCCAAGAAGUCCCGCUUCAACUUCACCCACAGGAUGCUUGACCAGAAGCCUGAGCAGACGUCCGGCGGCGAGGUCCGCAUCACUGACUCCAAGAACUUUCCCAUCUCCAAGACUGUUGCUGCUGCCCACCUCACGAUCCAGCCGGGCGCGCUGCGCGAGAUGCACUGGCAUCCUAAUGCCGACGAGUGGUCCUUUUUCAUCAAGGGCCGAGCUCGCAUUACCAUCUUCGCGGCUGAAGGUACUGCCCGCACUUUCGAUUACGUCCCUGGCGAUGUCGGCAUUGUGCCUAAGAACAUGGGCCACUUUGUCGAGAAUAUCGGCGAUGAGCCCAUUGAGAUGCUCGAGAUCUUCAGGGCCGAUGAGUUCCGCGAUUUCUCUCUCUUCCAGUGGAUGGGUGAGACGCCCAAGAAGCUGGUAAUUGAUCACCUGUUUAAGGACGAUAAGGAGAAUGGCGAGAAGUUCUGGAACCAGGUGAAGGAGGCAGAGAAGGAUCCCAUCACCAAGUUCCAAAAGGAUACGGGGUCCUCGCAGUCGGAGAGAGUGGAGGAGUUGUAAAAAGUUAUGUACGCCAUGUAAAAUGUUGUAUAGGAGUGUAAAAAUAUAACACCGCAUUGCAGAU